AUGGACAAUUGGCCUGUGCUGAGUCGCCUCAAGAGGGCCGUGAAUAAGGCGAGACUCCUCUUUAACUUCCGCCGGUGGCGCCUCAUGUUGAUGAUCGCCGACACUUCAGGCAGGAACUGGCAGCGGCGCUGCUUGAGCUUCAACAACCGGCCUGGGCUGACAGGUUGCACAGACAACGGCCGCUCUGUGUCUGAGAGCUCAGGCUCUCGCCAGGAGCUCCAAAGGACGAUGAGCUGCCUGUUGUCAUCGGAGGAUGACAUCGACAAGAGAGCGGACAUGUUCAUCUCAAACUUCCAUCGGCAGCUUCGGAUGGAGAGGCAGAUCUCUCUUCAGCUCAGAUAUUGCAGGGCAAAUAGUUUUGGCCCCAUGUCUUCUUGA